UCCUCAUAACUAAUUCCUCCCUUUUUCUUGAAAUUUCUACGGUUGUUUUUCCACAAACCAAAAUCAUUACAACUUUUACUGUAUAAAAAAAAAAAGAAAAACAGAAAUAAAGUGCGCAUUCUUCAAAAUUUUGUCUGUCAUCCAUUGAAGCUUUUUGGCAUGGCAGCCGCAACAGUUGUGUCAUUUCAAGUUCAACACCUUUCUCUCUCUCUCUCGCUCUGUUUUCAGAACUCUCUCUUCUUUCUUGAGAAACCCAGAGGAGAAAAGACUGUGAUUUCAUUUCAUCUUCAAAAAUAAAUUUAAAAUUUUGACAGCAGCAUUGAUUAUGAUGAAGAUCCACUUAACAAUGCCCAUGUUCUUGUGUUUUUUGGCACUGUUGUUUCAGCUGUGUUGCUCCUCCACCACCAUUGUUGUUGAUGGAGUUUCAGAAUGGAAGAAUCCCUCUGUUCAUACUGGAGAUUCCAUCAUUUUCAAGCACAAGUUUCACUAUUCUCUCUUCAUUUUCCACGACCAAAGGGCUUUCAAUCUCUGCAAUUUCACUCAUGCCACACUCCUCAGCAAACCCAAUUCCACCACAUUCACGUGGCAUCCAUCUCGGCCUGGUAUUUUCUUCUUCUCCUUCAGCAAUGGCUCCAAGAACUCUUGCAAUGGCUCUCAGAAGCUUGCCGUGAAGGUCUCUGCUUCACCACCACCUCAAAGUUUUCACCUUUCUCCACAGCAUCCUCCAAUGGCGGCUCCGGCGCCGGUUUCCGGCGGAGUUCUGCCGUCCUCUCCGGAGUACCCUUGGCCGUUCCGCCCCCGGCAGGCUGCGCCGCCGAGUCUGCCGCCGAGUGCAAGUUCUCCGUUGACGGUGCCGUCGCUGGUGCCGGAGAAGGGAGGAGGUUUGCCGUUUAUCAACAGUAAUCCGGCGGUUCCUCUGCCCACCGGCGAAGUGGACUCUGCCACUAUACGGCCUUUACCAACUUCUGACCAUGGAUCACACAGGGUGAUGAUGAGCUCUCAUGCUCUAAAAUUGGCUCUAAUUUCACUGCUCUUUCUGUUCCUCUAAUUUCUAAUUUCUAAUUUCUUAGGUUAGGAUCAUAGGAUGCAGAAAUAUGUGAUUUUUGGGCUUCCAAAUGUUUGUGUAAAAAAAAAAAAAGUAUGAUUGAUAUUUGAUGAUGAGAUACAAUCUAUGCAUUUGGAUGUUCUAAUCUAACUUUGGAUCUUUAUUUA